UCUCACAUUCCCAAUCGCUAACCUGUUUGAGACAGCCUGCAUAUCUUCCGUGCUACACCCGUAUGUCGGCGCUUACAGUACAUGAUCGGACACGUGGACUGUGUGCUACCUCAAACGCCAAAACAUCAAGUCCGAACCAGUGGACUUGUUGGAAAAAAGAGGCAAUACGAAUUAGCACGUUAGCCCCCAUUCUGACUACCAUCGGGGGCCGGCACUUCAGCGAGCCUACAUGCCGCUCCACGUGGGCAUUGAAAUGCGAGCUGUUCGUAACGACGACUCCGUCGGAUCAAACCGAAUGA